AUGUUCUGUGCAAAGAGGACCUCGUGCUCCCUCACUGUGGUCAAUGUUGUGAAAGUCAUCCGACCAAUCUAUUCUGUUGGAUUUGUUUCAAGCAUCCGACCAAUCUAUUCUGUUGGAUUUGUUUCAAGCAUCCGACCAAUCUAUUCUCUUGGAUUUGUUUCAAGCUUCCGACCAAUCUAUUCUGUCGGAUUUGUUUCAAGCAUCCGACCAAUCUAUUCUCUUGGAUUUGUUUCAAGCAUCCGACCAAUCUAUUCUCUUGGAUUUGUUUCAAGCAUCCGACCAAUCUAUCCUCUUGGAUUUGUUUCAAGCUUCCGACCAAUCUAUCCUCUUGGAUUUGUUUCAAGCUUCCGACCAAUCUAUUCUCUUGGAUUUGUUUCAAGCAUCCGACCAAUCUAUUCUCUUGGAUUUGUUUCAAGCAUCCGACCAAUCUAUUCUCUUGGAAUUGUUUCAAGCAUCCGACCAAUCUAUCCUCUUGGAUUUGUUUCAAGCUUCCGACCAAUCUAUUCUGUCGGAUUUGUUUCAAGCAUCCGACCAAUCUAUUCUCUUGGAUUUGUUUCAAGCUUCCGACCAAUCUAUUCUGUCGGAUUUGUUUCAAGCAUCCGACCAAUCUAUUCUCUUGGAUUUGUUUCAAGCAUCCGACCAAUCUAUUCUCUUGCAUCUGUUUCAAGCAUCCGACCAAUCUAUUCUGUUGGAUCUGUUUCAAGCAUCCGACCAAUCUAUUCUCUUGGAUUUGUUUCAAGCAUCCGACCAAUCUAUUCUCUUGGAUUUGUUUCAAGCUUCCGACCAAUCUAUUCUGUUGGAUUUGUUUCAAGCAUCCGACCAAUCUAUUCUCUUGGAUUUGUUUCAAGCAUCCGACCAAUGUAUUCUCUUGGAUUUGUUUCAAGCAUCCGACCAAUCUAUUCUCUUGGAUUUGUUUCAAGCAUCCGACCAAUCUAUCCUCUUGGAUUUGUUUCAAGCUUCCGACCAAUCUAUUCUGUCGGAUUUGUUUCAAGCAUCCGACCAAUCUAUUCUCUUGGAUUUGUUUCAAGCUUCCGACCAAUCUAUUCUGUCGGAUUUGUUUCAAGCAUCCGACCAAUCUAUUCUGUUGGAUUUGUUUCAAGCAUCCGACCAAUCUAUUCUGUUGGAUCUGUUUCAAGCAUCCGACCAAUCUAUUCUGUUGGAUCUGUUUCAAGCAUCCGACCAAUCUAUUCUCUUGGAUUUGUUUCAAGCAUCCGACCAAUCUAUUCUGUUGGAUUUGUUUCAAGCAUCUGA